AUGACUGAAUCUGUCGAUCUCUCGUUCGCAACGUGGCCCGGAAACAUUGAUGCCGUAGGAGACUUGAUUCAGGAGUUAUUCAUCCUUCAAAAAGAUCUGAAUCAUGGAGACGAGAACAUCCGGCAGACGAUGCUUGUCAAAGCUCGGACCCUUGUCCAUUCUCUUCAAACACCCAGGGAGAUUAUGGUCCAGCACACAUGGGCUGAUAAGCCAGGAUUAAAUGCAGUGCUUAUCACUGGAGUUGACAUAGGACUCUGGAAGCUCAUGGUAAAGAAUGGUGCCGAUAAGGCUCAAAAGGUGGAAGAUCUUGCGAGAUCUCUAGGCAUGGAUCCUAUUCUCUUAGGACGUCUUUUACGCCAUGCUGCUGCCAUGGGGCACCUCGAAGAAGUCGGCCAAGACGAAUACAAACUUUCGAGUUUCACCAAGUCAUUGAGCCUCGAUGUCAUUGGUGAUGGGUAUCUCGCACUACUUGGCGGGAUCGGUCGCAGUCCAAUCGAGUUCUACAAGUUUCUCCGCCAAACUCAGUGGAAGAACCCAACCGAUGCCAGUCACACUGCAAUGCACGUAUCUUACGACACCAAGUUGCCAAAUUGCUUCGAGUAUCUGAGGUCUAUUGGUCUGGGCCCUCAAACUAACAAUCACAUGGGAGGCUACAGACAAGGUCGAUUACCAUGGAUGCAUCCCUCGCUUUAUCCUGUAGAGGAAACCCUUUUCACAGGAUCAGACGAAUCUCCUGACGCCCCUCUACUGGUCGACGUUGCAGGAGGUCUUGGCCACGAUAUCCACGAGUUCAAACAGUUUUACCCUAACCACCCAGGAAAAUUGAUCCUUCAGGAUCUCUCAGUUGUUAUCAACGACGUAAAAGGCAUUGAUCCUUCUAUAGAACUAAUGCCUCAUGACUUUAUGACCGAGCAACCCGUGAAAGGCGCAAGAACAUACUUCAUGCACUCGAUUCUCCACGACUGGCCAGACGAUGUGUGCCGCAAGAUCCUGGCUCGCCUUGCAGAGGCCAUGAAGCCUGGCUAUAGCAAACUUCUUAUCUUCGAGUGUGUCAUACCACGAACGGGAGCGUACUGGGAGGCUACAGCUGGUGAUAUCCUCAUGAUGACACAGCUUUCGGCUCUGGAGCGCACAGAGGAUAAUUGGUACCAGCUAAUCGAGGGAAGCGGGUUGAAUCUUAAGAUCGUCAAAUUCUGGAAGUGUGGAGUCGCUAGUGUUGAGAAUCUUAUUGAGUGUGAGCUUGUGUGA